AUUACAAAUUACAAGUUGAAGCAAAACAAUUUAGUCUUAAAACUGUAAAUCAUAAACUUACGAUGAAACUUUCAUGGGAAAUUGAUAUGAGACAUCAAUAUGUGAUGCGCGCCUAUUUUCCAGUGAUUCCUAACCUCAAUCAGCCAGUGUUUUGAUCAUUAACUGUUUGUAAAUAUUUUCGCGUUAUUAUUGUUUUAUGACAAUAGUGAUUAAAUGCAGUGGCAGUGCUAUAGUAUAUAUUUGAACUGAGUUAGUCAGACAAAUACGUGAAAGCAGUUUAAUAACAUGGAACAAUUUAUUUCUUCGCAGAGAAAUGGAAAAGACAUCGAUUCCCCAACAAAAGAUAAAAUAUUUGACCCUUCAAUUGAUAUGCUAGUGAAUGAUUUUGAUGAUGAACGUACAUUAGAAGAGGAAGAAGCUUUAGCUGCUGGAGAGUUUCAAGAUCCAGAUGCUGAAUUGUCUAGUUUACAAAAGGAGAGUAAUAUGCCCCUUGAAGAAUUAUUAGCUUUGUAUGGUUAUAGAGGUGAAAAUCAGGAAAACGAAAGUCCUGUAGAGGAAAAAGAAGAGGACGAACCCAAUGAUUGUAGCCCUGGAACGUCACGCCAAAUGGAUGAACAAGAGAGUUUACCUUCUCCUCCAGAGGAACCUUCAAGAUUGAAAGAACUUUAUGAACCUAUACCUGAGAAUGACCAUGAUGAGUCACGUUUGUUACGCUCUGUGUCUAGAGUGAGUGAAGAAGAAGAAGAGGACUAUGAUUAUAGCCCAGAUGAAGAAGAUUGGCGAAAGGUUAAUAAGACUAUUAUGGUUGGUAGUGAUUAUCAAGCACAAAUUCCCGAAGGUUUGUGCCAUUAUGAUGAUGCCCUUCCAUAUGAAAAUGAAGAUAAGUUAAUUUGGGACCCUUCUGUACCUGGAAUUGAUGUAGAAGAGUUUUUGAUGAAAGCGUCUGCCAUAACUAAACCUCCCAUACCCUUAGGUACACAGUUGAGAGAUGACGAGCAAGCUUUAUAUAUGUUACAACAAUGUGGUCACAACAUCGAUGAAGCAUUGCGUAGGUUGAGAAUGACAAUACCUGCUAAUUCAGCAGAGACUAUGAAUGAAAGUCUUUGGUCUGAAGAAGAAUGUCGAAAUUUUGAAUCCGGUAUAAGAUGUUAUGGAAAAAACUUCCAUAAAAUACAACAAGAUAAGGUGCGAACAAGGUCUGUAGGAGAGCUUGUUCAAUUCUACUACCUCUGGAAAAAGUCAGAAAGACAUGACAUUUUCGCAAACAAAGCUAGGUUAGAAAAGAAAAAAUAUGCGCUUCAUCCAGGACUAACUGAUUUCAUGGACAGGUUUCUAGAAGACCAAGAUAGUCGGGAUAGAAGCUCUUCUCCUAAUGUGCCUUGCAGUGGUGGAAAUGGGAAGGCAUCACCGGAUGCUUGAUCUCUUUUAUACAGUUAUUGGUUACACAGAAUGAACCAAAUUAUAGCUAUAAAAUCUGUAUCCAAUUCAGUACAUCACUUAAUAAUGUUAUUGAUUGAAAGUAUAUGAGUUAUUUUCAAUUUUACAUGUUAUUAGUUCUAAAUUUUUUCCAUUCAGUGAGUUAAUGUUUCAUAAAAUUGAUUUAUUUUAAACAUUGUUGUGUGUAUUUAUCGGACAAUUUAAUUUUAUGAUUUGUUUUAUGCUCUUCAUAAUAUUGUUAUUACAAGUAUUUAUUAAGGGUCCCAUCUAGUGAUGUCGAGAGUAACGUUUUAUAAAGUGCGUCUACUUGUACAAAUCACGUAACUCAUUAAAAUGAGAUAAAAACAUUAUAUGAAGACAAUAUAAACUUCUCAUUUUGGUCAUUAAAAAAACCGUGGAAUAUUUUUUAAAUUUAUUUUGCAUCAAACUAUGUGGAGGUUUUCAUUCUUACAUUGUAUUGGCUACAUGUCAUGAAGGGCGAAGCUUCCUUGGAUAUGCCUUGCUACAUUUCCAUAUCAAACAGUCAAUUGUUAAUGCCAAGAUAUACUCGCUUUGACUUGAUUUUACUUAAGUGCUUCUGUAUAAUCCCAUUUUCUCUUUGCCUUUCAUUUUAUUUUUCUUAUGUAAGCCUAAACAUGAAUUUUAACGUUAUUAGUAAUGCCUUUCAACCCUUACUUUACACACUUAUUGCCACAUGGGAUCUAUUAAACCCCACGCCGAAAAAAGUUUAUUAUUCCUAAAGUUUUUAAUAUUUUCAUUUAAAACAUUUUUUAAGAUAUUUCAAUGUAUUAUUUAGAGAUCGAAUGCAUAGUAAUGUUUGAAUUUCAAUUUUUAAGUGCUGAAAAAAAUAAAGUAUCCGAAAAAGUGAAAAAUUUUUCACAAAAAUGAGCCGCAUUUUUACAAUUUUUAAUAUUUAAAAAAAAAGUUUCGAGGUAUAGUACAAAGGUAUUUAUUUUGCAAUAUAAAGUGUGAAAUAAAUUUUUUACAUAAAAAAAUGUGUUACAAAAACACGUAACUAUUAGCAACAAAUAAACAUAAACAAAAAUAAAAUUCUAAUCAUCACCAGCACAAUAAGUGCAUAUAUAUGUACGAUGCAAAUGGCGCAUAUGCCUCACGCACAACGGGCAUUGCAAUUUGUUUUGCAAUCAUCUGACCAUUUGCAUAACGCGCAUCUCUAUGCUAAUCCUCCUCCUCUCUAAUAGACUCUGCUUGUAUACUUAAAAUACCUACAAUGCCCAGUCUAAGGUCUGCACACAAGGUUAGGUUCUUGUGCCGAUUUUCCAAGAAUGGUUUAAUUAAGUACCUUGCUAAUUUUUGUUGGCAAUCUCUGCUUGUUAAGUGUUCUUUAGAAUUGAUAUUGUGUUGACCAUUUGUAACGAGCCACGUGCCACGACGUCGGGUACGCUCUCUAGCGUCUAAUAGACGGAGGUCGUUUUCUUCAUCUUCCUCCACUUCCAUGGAACUUUCGCCAGAGAUGUUGUCUUUCGAAGAAGAAUUGUCAUCUUCGGAGACAUGAUCUUCCUCGUCGGAAGACGCUUGGCCAAUUGGCUCGACAUUGUCAUCCUCAGCAAAGAGCAUCUCUCGAACAGCUCGUGGUCGCAAAUUAUACGCCGUCUAAAAAUCAUCCAAAUUAAAUUGAAAAUAAAAAACAUAUAGCUUAGUAUAAACAUCCAAAAAAUUGAAUAUUACAACCAUUUUUUUUAAAUUUUGAACUCAAAAAUAGUUUACACAUGCUGGUACAAUGGACCCCACCUCAAUUUCGACACUGCUUUGAGCUAAUGCUGCGUACAACUGACUCCUUAAAAGUAACAGGUGGUCUAACAUCUGAACUAAAGGUAGAGGGCGCGACAAACCAUAUUUUUAGGGAUCAUUUAAAUACAUAAGAUUGUAUAUAGUAUGGGGUCCACUGAACCCCACGUGUCAAUUGAGGGGUUAAAAUCAUUCAUUAAAUCUUAUUUUAGAUUGGCUACAGUACAAAGUUGAGAAUUUUCUAUUAUAACGAGAAAUAUGAAAUAUUAAUUUCCCAAAUAAUUAUGAAAUUAUUAAUUCUUUUCAUAUUUCGUUGAAGUAUAACAUGAUUAAUAAUUUGAUGAAUGGUUUUUACUUUUGAAAAAUGACACCAAAUUUUCACUACCCACUUGUCAUCUGUUUCUUAUAUUAUCGAUAUUUAAUUUAAUUCCUUAUGCUUAAAAAUUAUAAUAUGGACUAUAUUUUUAUAUUAUUUAUAAGACUACCUCAUUAAAAUAUCAAAAAACUUACAUGACUAUUACUGGUAUUAUGUAAUUAACAAAUGUCAUUGCAAAAACUUUCAGAGUGGUAGAUUGAAUAGUUAUAGCAUUAUUCAGUUUUGGAAAUUAUUAUGGUGCUAUAAGAAAUCUGUUGAACUUUUGAACUUGAAAAUUUAGAAAAUUAUUGAUUCCACAAAUUCACAAUUUUGUAUGGAAAUACCUACGAAAUCAGUUUAACCUUACUCUAAUAUUGAAACAUAAUCAUAUAUCUUUGACAUUUAUAAUAAAACAAAAAAUAAUUGUUUUUAAAGGAUUCAAAAUGUAUUCUCUAUAGUUUGCAAUAGUGGCUCUUCCAUAUAAAUGUUGUUCUCUGCUUUAUUUCUCAAUUUUAAAUAUACGACAUGACUGACAGCACAAUUUUUGUACAUGUAAAUGUGUUAAGUUAGAACCGUUGAUGGUAUUCAUACUGAACACACUAUUUACAUCGACACUCACGCGUGUUUCGAUACCAAGUUAUCGAAACACGCACCGGACAAUGUAAUCGUGAGUGUUUGUGUUGUAUUUUCAUAAAUAUCUACCAUAUUUAACGAACAAAUUAAAACACUUUAAUUAAUGAAAGGUGGAACUCAUGUUACUUCAAAAUCUGUUAAAGCGCCCAAACAAAUUUUACGAAUGUUUUCGUAUAUGUUUAAAUAGAUUUCUGAAGGGAUAGAAGAAAUUAUACUAACAAAUCAAAUAUUGACAAACGUAAGCUCCUAUUAUGAUAGUUUUUCAAUACAUACCCUAAAAAGAUGAAAUAAUUUUCCUGACACACUUUUAUUUAUAAAAAAAUUUGUUCUUUUUAUACUUAUAGUUAGUCAUUAACUACAAAAGAGAAAAAUACAACAGACUUGAGACUCUUUUCUGUAAUAUGUGGUGGAAAAUAUUCAAGUUUAGUGUAAUGAGAUUUAAACUACUGUAUUUUACUUGAUAAUUUUGAAGAUUUGAUAAUCUUUUUUGGACGUCAUAGUUCAACAAUUUUCUUAUAUUUCACAGUUCCUAACAAUAUUAGCAUUUAAUCAGGAAUGUUCUAUCCAAAUAUUUUCCAAUUUUCUAUGUUUACUUUCUAAUUCAAAACACGAUUUAACCCCAUAUAAUUCACAUUAGUUUUAUAAUUGAAUAUAUUAAUAUUGGUAUCUCUGGCAGAAGCGUGGCUUAAAAAAAUCCCCCAGCGGCAAAAAUAUGAUAAUAAUAAUUGAAUUAAUAUUUGACAAUCACAGUAUCACUAUCACUCAAGCUUUAUAAGUGAUAAAAUCUGUAGUAAACGGCCUUAAUUUAAUAUUUAUUGUAACAUUAAUAUUACCUAGAAGGAAAAACUGCUGCAAUGAUUUAAAUAUAAAACAGAACAUAAAUAAAUGUUUGUAAUAAAAAGAGAAUAGUAUUUGAUUACUUGAAUAAGAGGAAUAAAUUAUCAAAAUAUUUUGAGAAAGACUUAAAAUUAGUCGAAAUGUCAAAAUUUAUCUUUCUUUUAAAAAUUAUUAAAAAAAAACUAAUUUUAAAACAGAAGACACCUAAAAUCAAGAAAAUUUAGAAACAUAAUCAUAUCAAGAGGUCUAAGAAAUAAGAAAUUAAAGAAAUACAUAAUUUGAUAUCGAUAAAUUAAUUUUGAAAAACAAAUAAGGAAAAUAGAAAUAAAAAUAUUAAAUAAUUAUAGAUUUCUUUACAAACAGGCAUCGAACAAUCUAUUUUACAGUUGGUGUGCUAUUUAGUUUUUGUUUUGUUUUUUCUGCGUUUUGAAAAAUCCACCAUUACAAUAUUUAUUUUCGCAAACCGUCUCUGCAAACACUGCGAACUCCCAGGGGUUCGCGAACCAGUGGUAGUGAAUUACUGCUCUAUUAUAACCGGUUAGAUGUUUUUUGUCACUUGCAUAACCUAUUGUGAUUUACUCCAACAGUUUAUUUACUAUCAGUGGUUUUUAUGUUCAAAAAAAUGAUUUCAAUGCUUGCAAAUGAUCACUUGUACUGAUAAAAACUACAUAUGUAAUAAAUAAAUUUAUUGAUUGAACGAACAAUUCAUAAUUACCAGAAAAAAUAAUUGUUGAAAAUACUUAUGUGAUUGUAAAAAAUCAUACUUACAAAAUGGAGCGAACAGACUUUCAUACUGGGAGUUACAUUUUUCCAAUUUGCACCGCUCUUAUCCAAGCUAUACGUAUAUCAAUAAUUUCUUUCUCACCAAAUUUGUUUAUUCUUUAGACAAAAUGUUUAUUAGAAUGUGGAAACGGCAAGCUUUGCUUUUACAACCAAGUACACAUCAACACAUUUUUAUUUUUUUUUUUGCUGGCAAUUCUAUAACAACACUUUUUCAAUUUUUAGAUACUAAUUGUUAAUAAUUAUCACUUUAAAUAAUAUACAAUCAAGCAAUAAAAUUAAAAAUAUAAUUAUUUCCACAUAAAUAUUUGUAUACUCGCAAUCAGCUGUUAUUGGUUCGACCUACCUACUCUGGUAUUAAAUAUCUCCACUAGAUGGCGCACCUGAGUGCUAGAGAUCCCAAUAGAUAUUUAAACAGAUUAAAAAAUAUUAAUGAAAUUCGAUUCGAUAAAUUUCUUUGAAGUUUUAAAAUGAUGAUAAAAUAAAUUGAAAAAUCUCGUAAAAGGAUUUAGUUUGUUGGAUUAGUUCUUUGUAGAAAAACUUACUACUUAGAGUUACUGCUCCAAAAAAUUUGGAAAUAUUUUAAUUUUUGAUUGUACCAAUUGUUUCUCUUGUCGAACAGCACAAACUUGAGCAAUGUACUAUGUAGCUGACAAUCUCCUUAAAUAUAUAAAAAACGCGAUUUAAGUAGCACAUUGAACAUUUUCUUCGUUGUAGUGAAUCUACAUUUACCUGGAACUGAAUAAUUUAUGAAGUUGCAGAUAGGUUAAAAGUGUAUAUAUCGUAUAUUUACAUGCAAAUGACUAUCAUACUUUUGUAUGUAAUAAAUAAUCAUUAGGUAAGGAAAAGCUUCUUCGAAAUAAUAUCAAAUAUUGUUGGGCCUCACAUUAGUAGAAGAAACUAUAAUAAUGUCUUUGUAUUUUACUAUUUUAUGGUCGUUUUCCUAAAAAAAAAAUAUUAAACAGAAAAUUGACAAAUUUUUACAAGGGUAUAUUUAAGUUGAUAUAUUGUAUCAAUGAGUUAAUUAUUUUUAUUAGAUUCAAAAAUCGUUCCAGAUGAUUGGAAGAAAACAUACCAAUAAUAUUGAUAAUUCCAUCUAAAUAAUAAACUUAUUAUUAAUAAAUAAUUUUGAAUAACUAGUAACUCUUACUGCCUCAGUAGUUAAAGUUCUAUUAGUAUAUUUUUUAAUAGGUACUUGAAUUUUUUAAAAAGUAUUUAUUUCUUUGUUUAUCUUAAAAGGUCUUGAUAUGAAAUAAUGUCAGAAAGUAAAGUAUUUAAUCAAAAGUAAAAAAGUAAGAUCUAAAUAUUCAAUUGAAAUUCCAAAAAUUUUCUCAUUGGUUUUCAGUUUUGAUAUCUUAGGUUUAAUAAAAACAUUGAGCAGUUAUCUGCUUGAUUAUCAUGAGGUUAUCUUUGCCAGCAAUGGGUGUACUGUUAUAAUACAGUUUUUAUUUAUUAGUUACGUAUAAAUAAAAAAUUUUUGUGUGAAUGUGAAUUGCUAAAAUCUCCUCGAGAUAUCUAUCAGCCUUCUUCCGUGAACACAGUCGCCCCUAUGAAUGAACACAGGGUCGGUUAGUGCUCCUAUAGAAAUUGUAUCCGAGAUCAAACAGCAACCACCUUCGUAAGCACUCCACUCUUCAAAGCAGCAAUCUGUAAAUUGGUCUUUUGGUCUUCGAUAAACUUUUCUUCUUCAUUGGUUACCAUGGAGGCAUAUUCUGGUCACAUCUGAGAACAGCACAGAUCCUCAUUGUUCCAACAUCCAAUUCAGAUGAACCUUUGUAAAACGCAGUUUUGGACCAAUCUCAGGUGUUUUAGGGAUCAGGUUCUUUUUCUGCAAUCUUCGUCUUACUGUCUGUCCACUGACUAAUAGUCACUCCUCGUAUCACACGGAACUGUCGUGACAAUUGACUAUUUCUUAAUGUUGUUGACACAAUAAAGCGAUCGUCACGAGCGGUUGUAAAUCGCCUUCUGCCUGUUCCAGGUCGCUUGUGAAAUUAUCCAGUCUCCACAUAACAUAAUCAUUUAAAAGAAUAUAUAGUAAAAGUCAAAAGUUUACAGUUUGGUGAAGAAACAAAGAAAAUUUGAGACGAAUACUUGAGGAAACCUCUGAAAAGGCACUUGAACAGUGUUUUGAAGUGUGGAUUAGUCACUGUAGUAUCUUUCGAUUGCAAAAUCAUUAUAAUUUGAUUCGCUUGGACCAAAAUUUAUUUUGACAUUAAUUUACUUUUUAAUGGUGAAUUAACUAAUAUGUGUGGAUUAAAUUGAAACUAAUAGGCUGAGGCAAUGGCUCUAAAUAUCUUGAGAGUUUGACACAUUAAUUGGUAUUUAAUUAUUGGAAAAUAUAUUUUGAAAUGAGUCAAAAUCAAUGUUCAUAUAUUGUUUCGUCAAUGAAUUGUUAAAUAUCCAAUAGAGCAAAAAUUUAAGUUAAUUCUUUUAAUUUUAUCAAUAAUUGAAAAUAAUAAGAGCAAUAAAAAUCCAAUUGAAAAUUCUUUGUCGAAAUUUCAAUUGCCAGUAUUUAACAUUUGGUAUAAAUGAAGUUAGUCCGUCCAUUUUCGUAUGAACUUUCAUUUUGAUUUUACUCUACUAGUAAUGCAAAUAUUUUUUGUAGUAGUGUCUUAUCAACGUUGCCAUCAUUCUCGAGUAAAAUUUUUUUAUUUCCAUCGGCAACAGUGGGUUAGUUUUUGAACACUCUAAUAAUUAUUCAGAAUUUCUGAUCAAGUUGUAGUUUUGUUCGCGGUAGAUAUCCUGAACAUGCUUUGGCAUGGAUCGAAAUUGUGCGUUCGCGGUGCUAAUAAAACACAUUCUGUGUUCGUGGAGCACAUAUUUCUAAUUCCGAACGUGUUCUGAAUACGUCCAGUGCAUCCUCGUACAUGGGUAAGGCUUAUGUACAAAUAUCAAAAAUAAACCUUCGGCCUGUUAAUUAUAUACAUUUUAUUUUCCUAGCUAGUUUUGAAUUCAAAUUAUAAUUUUAGAUGUUUAUAAAUCGUUCGUGGAGGAAUGUAUGUUCAGAACUAUUUCUGAACAAAGCAUGCGCAUUUGACACGUUCAAAAGAUAUGAAGAAUACAUUCGGAAUGUGUUCACAUUAUAUACCGCGAACGAAGCUAAGUUGUAAUUCUAAAUUAAUGUUAAAUGUUUGUGAAAAUUAUGUGAAAAAACGUCUGACAUUUAGAAAUCCAAAACAAAUUAUAU